GAAAGGCGUUCAACAUUCAGAGAACUUUCCCGAGAGGAAGAGAGAGAGAGAAAGAGAGUUGCACGCUUGUCUUGCAACACGAGGAAGAUGAAGAGCUCAAGGGCUCUCCUCCUGGUGGCCGUCGCCGCGGCGGUGGCCAGCCUCGCCGGCGCCAACUUCCGGGACGACUGCGACAUCCCGUGGGAGCCCCAGAACGCCAAGUUUAGCGACGACGGCAACAGCCUCUCGCUCUCGCUAGUCAGCAACUCCUCAGGUUGCAUGCUCCGGACAAAGAAGCAGUUCGUCUACGGGUCCGUGUCGACGCUCAUCCAGCUGGUCCCAGGCAACUCGGCCGGCACCGUCACCACAUACUACACAUCCUCCGUUGGAGAUAACCAUGACGAGAUCGACUUCGAGUUCCUGGGCAACGAGACUGGCCAGCCCUACACCUUCCACACCAACAUCUACGCCAACGGCGUCGGCAACAAGGAGAUGCAGUUCAAGCCCUGGUUCGACCCCACCACCGGCUACCACAACUACACCAUCUACUGGAGCCCCUGCAUGAUCGUGUGGUACGUCGACAGCGUCCCCAUCAGGGUGUUCCGCAACUACCAGACGAGCAACGGCGUGGCGUUCCCGACGAGCCGGCCGAUGUACGGCUACUCCAGCAUCUGGGCGGCCGAGGACUGGGCCACGCAGGGCGGCCGCGUCAAGACCGACUGGUCCAAGGCGCCGUUCGUCGCCAACUACCAGAACAUCCACCUCGACAUCUGUGAGUGCAACUCCGGUGGCUGCGCCACCAGCUGCCCGGCGGCGGCGGCGGGGUACAGCGGGGCGUGCCAGCUGAGCUACGCGGAGCAAGGACAGAUGCAGUGGGUGCAGAACAACUACAGGAUCUACGACUAUUGUGUCGACUACAAGAGGUGGAACAACGGCCAGAAGCCGGUCGAGUGCGACCUGCAGCAGUACUGAUCCAGUUGUUGCCUUCUCAUACAUACAUACAUACAUACACACAUGAAGAACGGCCAAACGGGGCGACGGCCUUUUUACAAUCUUUUUACCAAUGGAAUAAGACUUAAUUUGAGGAUUCUUAAUUUUUUUUGUUUACACAUAUGUUGUAAUUCUAUCCUGAACAAUCAAUCAUAACUAUACUUUGUACAUUGCCAACAUGUAUCAAAUAUUCUUUGUUGACUCAUACCCUUCAUGA